CCCGGGAGGACCAGGGGGAGGGUAGUGCGAACUCUCGCCACGACCACGCAGCCCCACCGCCGACCAGCUCCACUCCGAAGCCGGACCGCUCAUCCUGGGGGCGGGACCGACCGCGUCCAGAGCUGAAUUCUCUCUGCACUCUCCGAGGUUGUCACACCCAGAAUGAAGAAGAUGAGCAACAUUUAUGAGUCAGCUGCCAAUACGCUGGGAAUCUUUAACAGCCCCUGCCUGACCAAAGUUGAGCUGCGUGUGGCAUGCAAAGGCAUUUCUGACAGAGAUGCUCUUUCCAAACCAGACCCCUGCGUCAUCCUCAAGAUGCAGUCUCAUGGGCAGUGGUUUGAGGUUGACAGAACAGAGGUGAUUCGCACCUGCAUAAACCCAGUGUACUCAAAACUCUUUACUGUGGACUUUUACUUUGAAGAAGUACAGCGCCUGCGAUUUGAAGUCCAUGACAUCAGCAGCAACCACAAUGGGCUGAAGGAGGCUGACUUCCUAGGUGGCAUGGAGUGCACUCUUGGUCAGAUUGUCUCCCAGAGAAAGCUUUCCAAGUCUUUGCUGAAGCAGGGGAACACAGCAGGGAAAUCCUCCAUCACGGUGAUUGCUGAAGAAUUAUCUGGCAAUGACGACUAUGUAGAGCUUGCAUUCAAUGCACGGAAAUUGGAUGACAAGGAUUUCUUCAGUAAAUCUGACCCAUUUCUGGAAAUUUUUCGCAUGAAUGAUGAUGCAACUCAGCAGCUUGUGCACCGAACUGAGGUUGUGAUGAAUAACUUAAGCCCAGCCUGGAAAUCAUUCAAAGUAUCUGUAAAUUCUCUGUGCAGUGGAGAUCCAGACCGCCGGCUGAAGUGCAUAGUGUGGGACUGGGACUCCAAUGGCAAGCACGACUUCAUUGGAGAAUUUACCUCGACAUUCAAGGAGAUGAGGGGAGCAAUGGAAGGGAAGCAGGUGCAGUGGGAGUGCAUCAACCCCAAGUACAAAGCCAAGAAGAAGAAUUACAAAAACUCAGGCAUUGUGAUUCUGAAUCAGUGCAAGAUCCACAAGAUGCAUUCCUUCUUGGACUAUAUCAUGGGUGGCUGUCAAAUCCAGUUUACAGUAGCUAUAGAUUUCACUGCCUCAAAUGGGGACCCCAGAAACAGCUGUUCCCUGCAUUAUAUCCACCCUUACCAACCCAAUGAGUACCUGAAGGCCUUGGUGGCUGUUGGGGAGAUUUGCCAAGACUAUGACAGUGACAAAAUGUUCCCAGCCUUUGGGUUUGGUGCCAGGAUACCCCCAGAGUACACGGUCUCUCAUGACUUUGCAAUCAACUUUAAUGAAGACAACCCAGAGUGUGCAGGGAUUCAAGGAGUUGUGGAAGCCUAUCAGAGCUGUCUUCCUAAGCUCCAGCUCUAUGGUCCCACUAACAUUGCCCCCAUCAUUCAGAAGGUUGCCAAGUCGGCCUCAGAGGAGACUAACACCAAGGAGGCAUCGCAAUAUUUCAUCCUGCUGAUCCUGACGGAUGGUGUCAUCACAGACAUGGCUGACACCCGGGAGGCCAUUGUCCAUGCCUCCCACCUCCCCAUGUCCGUCAUCAUUGUGGGCGUGGGGAACGCUGACUUCAGUGACAUGCAGAUGCUGGAUGGUGACGACGGGAUUCUGAGGUCGCCCAAGGGAGAGCCUGUCCUUCGAGACAUCGUCCAGUUUGUGCCCUUCAGGAACUUCAAACACGCAUCUCCAGCUGCUCUUGCAAAGAGUGUGUUGGCGGAAGUCCCAAACCAAGUUGUGGACUAUUACAAUGGCAAAGGGAUUAAACCAAAAUGUUCAUCAGAAGUCUAUGAGUCUUCCAGGACGCUAGCACCAUGAAUUCCACACACUUUUACAGAGUUCUGAAAUAUUAUUCCUGCUACUAUUUAAUACUUCUACUCCUGUAUUUAAAAAAUAAUACACAUUUAAAAAUAGCACGUUUUGGUGAUUUUUAACUGACAAUUUUUUUUGCAUGUUUAGCCCCUCAAGGUCUGGAUCUAAUUAAGCCCUUGUUGUUGUCAAAGACUUUUUACAAAGAAAUACAAAUAAUGACUUACUCUUUACAGCAUGUAGCCUUGAAAUAAAAUGGUAUAUGUAUCCAUUUUUUAUACAAGUUUGUUGAAAUUUUGCUAAAUUUCUUAUUAUCUUUACACUGUAAAGCAUUUUGAAAUAUUUACUGAACGUUGAUAGCCAAAACAUACUUGGUUUUAUCUGCUAUAGGAUGAGAGACUUUUCAAAAUGGCAGAUGCAUGGACUGUAUUUUGCAUGUUUCAAAUAAUAAAAAAGAACCUUCACACUGUUUUUGCAGUUGUUAUCUAUAAUUCCUCCCUGCUAAGAAUGGUCUUUCUACUAAAGAAUAUUAUCCACCCAAAGGCAGUCUUUUUGAAGUCUGAGGUAUUUAACACAGUACUCACACUUUACUGUGCACAUAAGUCACCUAAGAUUUCCUGUUAAAAUCAAGAUUUUAGUGAAGUAAAUCUGUGUGGGGCCUGAGAUUCUGCACCUCUAACAAGAUCUCAGGUGAUGCUCAUGCAGUCCUUGGACUGCACUGAGAGUUAAUGGGGUUCUAGACUUUAGGAUGUCGUAAGAGAGACCAUCCAAAACAGGACAGCUCCUAGUCUGCUUGAGACCACUCUCUUCCUGCUAAUAGCAUACAGGUCCUGCCUGUCUCAGAGGUGAGAGUAGAAAGUAAUGAAACUGAUUCCAGAUGCUGCACACCUCAAAUCAGUCUCACUGAUUUAUAGUCACACCUCUUUCUUUAAUAAGACCAGUUAAGUGCUCCUCCUGGCUUGCUGCUGCUCCUUAAAGGAAGCAUCACACAAGGCUGCAUAGAUAGUUCCAUCUCUACAUCAAUCCCUAGGAAUGACCUCAAAGAGUCUUCAGUGGAACCACAGCAAUAGAAUCUGGUCCAUGGCAAGUGCCCAUGCAAUAUGACUCCUCAGAUACCAGUUCCAUUAACUUGAUCUUGGAGCUUAUUGUGGAGCUUCUUUUUACCUUUUAAAAAUCGUUCCUGAGACCAAAGUCUACUAGUCUGCUAUACCUGAAAAUCAUUGUUUAGGGCAGAGGUGUUCUGUUUGAAUAUAGGUUGGCUAGUCUUGAGUGAAAGAAUAAAUGUUUCAGUUGUAUAAUCUUCUCUCAAAGAAAUGGACAGGCAUUUUGCAAAGAUAAAAGACACAAAAAAGAACUUAUUUUUGGUCAGAGAGAUGGUGACGUAAAUCACAAGGCAAAAUAAUCAGUUUGUUGUUUGUUUGACAAGGGGAGGUAUUAAAAAGCAAAUCAAAUGCCUUGUAUGAUUUCCAGAGUUAUAAUUAUAGAUCCUAACCUUGCAAAUACAUGUCAACCAAAUGCGCAACAUUUUGGGAAUGUUGGUAAAAAUGUAUGACUGAAAAAUCAUAAGUAUUUAAGCUGUAUUGUUUUGUUAAUAAAUUGGGUACUUA